AUGGUAAACUUCUGUGUCCACGAACUCAUCUAUGGUCUAAUCAUCAUGACUGGUUCGUUGAACUUCGGUUAUUCAGUUGAAAUAACAUCUCCGCUCGUUCCAUUCUUUAAAACUGAAUGGGGAAUAUCAACAAUGAAUACAACAUGGUUCAAUGCAAUUCUUGCUCUAUUUGCUGUUAUUGGUCCAUUCAUCACAACAUGGAUGCUGAACUUCCUUUCAAGAAGAUUGGUUUUCUGCAUCCUACAAGUUACAACAUCGGUACUAUAUUUAAUCAUGCUUGCUGCAUCAAAAAAGGCAUUUGCCGUAAUGACAGUCAUGCGUGCCCUUCAAGGUCUUGUUAUUGGUGGUGUUACAUCAAUUACUCCGACAAUGCUUGUUGAAGCUGCUCCUGCAGGUCUUACAGGUUUCUUCGGUAACUUGAAUCGGAUUGGUUGUGUUAUUGGUAUUAUCAUUAUGUAUCUCCAAGGUAAUUGGACCGUCAACACAUCAAAGAAUGCAACAAAAUGGUGGUCUCUCGAAAUUACGUGUGCUGAUAUCAAUGGAGUUGGUGCAGCUCUUAUUUGGAUCUGUCCAGAAACAGGAAAGAAAGCUGAAGAAGCUGAUAAUGCUGAUAGCGAACAGAAAAAGGAAUCUGUUUUCCAGAAACAGUAUCUCGGAAAGCUACUUGUUGGUAUUGCAAUGAUGUUCAUUCAACAAUUCAGCGGAGUUAACGCCAUUUUAACAAAUCUCGAUGAAAACUUCAAAGAAGUUGGUGCCCCACUUGAUUCAGGUAUUGCAUCUACAAUUUCAGUUGCCGCUCAGCUUGUUGCUGUCUUUGUUUCUGGUUUUCUUGUCGAUUGGAUGGGUAGACGUCCACUUUUCUGCAUCUCAUGCGUUGGAUGCGGUCUCAUGCUCAUUAUAUUCUCUCUAAACUACAAGUUUGGAUGGGCAAACUGGCUUUCAAUUGUUGUUAUCUUCGUUUACAUGUUCUUCUUCGGUGUUGCUCUUGGCCCAAUUCCAUGGUUUGUCGUUCCAGAACUCUUCCCUGACUCUGUACGUUCAAUGGGUGCUUCAAUGAUUUCAAUGGGCAAUCAACUUUUCUCCUUCAUUGUUAUUUUCAUCUUCCCAUGGAUGAAAGGUGAUACUGAUGCAAAUGGUAAAGUCACAUCUGGAAUUGGUCUUAUGUGGACAUGUAUUGUCUUCGCUAUUGUUUCAAUCCUUGGUGCUGUAUUCGGAUUCUUCUUUAUUACAGAACCAAAUGAAAAGAAGGAUGAAAACCUUGAUUGGGAUGAUAAGAAGGAAAACAACGAAAACAAAGAAACUAAUGAUGUCGCUGUUUAA